AUGGCGAGCGAGUCGGGAUUCAAGUUCCUGGAUGGGGUGCGCCGGUGUAGCGCAACUGGUGCUGUGGUGCAGGGGAAACAGGUUCUGCGACCUGUCCGUUUCUUUGUGAGUGAUGACGCUUUGCGCAUCGUGUCCGCCCUGCGGGCCCAUGUGGAGUCCCGCCUGGAGGAAUUGAAGAAUGACAAAGAGGCCCGGGUGCUGAAUGUCAUGGAGACACGGGUCAUGAAGGAGGACCUGAGCUGCUCCAAGAACUUUGAGGUGCUGAAGGCGUACGCUGCUCACCUGUUCCGUGGGGUUAAAGAACGCAAAGAUCUGAUAUCCUGCAAAGAACACCGGUCCGCCCUUUGCUACUUAGCUUUGGCGUACAACUUUGUGACUGUCGGCAAGCAGCCGGGCGCAAAGGCUGACUUUAAAGCUUGGGGUGACCUUCAAGGCACCCGCCUCCGUUGGCUGGCGAGCUAUGUCAUUCACAGUGUGAAUCGCAGUGUGUUCGCAAGGAGCGAGGAACUUUGUAUCCUGAAAGGCAUCUACAUGGCAGUGAACGGUCACCCAAUGCCCGAGAAACCACAGCGAAAGUUGUCGGAGGCUAGCAUGAGCUCAGAGGCCAGGUGCUUCUGCUAG